AUGGCGUCGCAACUAGCCGCCGCCCGCGGCCCUGCAUCUCUCGCUCCCUUAAAGCCUUGCCGCGACGCAUGCCGUCGCUCUGCCGCGCCGUCGCUGCAAGUCCAUCGCAACCGUCCGUCAUCGCAAAUAACGCUGAGCCGUUCGCAUCAUCAUGAACGCGCCUCCGGCCCCUCGUCGUCUCGCGUCGCCAGCAUCAAUCAUCGCUCUCUCUUCCCCUCGCUGCGCUCCAAUCGCGCGCUGCCACGUCAGCAGCGCGCGACUGUGGCGAUGGCUGUCGAAGCUGGCGCGUCUGUCGCCGCUGGUUCCGGCAGCGACAGCGCGGCGGCGGAGGCAUGGCGCCCGGAAGCCGAGGCGGCGCGAGAUAAUGCGGCGGGCUCAAAAUUCGUGUGGGAGAAAAACUGGUAUCCUGCAGCCGUGGUGCGCGAGUUGGAUCCGCGCGUGCCCGUGGCGCUGACGCUGCUGGGGCGGCCCGUGGUGAUCUGGUUCCACGCGCCCUCCGCGCAGUGGCUCGCAUUCCACGACCUCUGCCCGCACAGGCUAGCACCGCUAUCGGAGGGGCGCAUACACGAAUCGGGAGACCUGCAGUGCAGCUACCACGGAUGGACCUUUGCUCCCGAUACCUCCUGCACCUUCAUCCCCCAGGCCCCCUCCGAUGGUCCUCCGGUGAACACGUCCGCCCGGGCAUGCGCGCGCAGCUACCCCACGUGUGUGCGGCACGGCAUAGUCUUUAUCUGGAUGGACCACUCGCCCUCCGCUGCUGCCGAAGCUGCUGCCUCCCCCGUGCCCGUCGUGCCCGAGCUCGAAGACCCCACCUUCCAAGGAGACGUCGUGCAGACGGACCUGCAGUACGGCUGCGAGGUGCUGGUGGAGAAUCUAGUGGACCCUGGGUUCUCCACACAGUACGAGCUACUGGUGGAGAAUCUGGUCGACCCUGCCCACGUGCCCUUUGCGCAUCACAAGAUCAUGAGCAACCGCAAGUUUGGCAAGCCGCUGGAUCUGACAGUGAACGGCAUCCGAGCAACGGGCUUCCAGGGGUCCAACGACCAGGGCGGCCCCUUUGAGUUCCUGCCGCCCACGCUCGCUCGCCAGGAGAUCAUUGUGCAGCCCAAACCCGGCCAGCCCCCAUCAGACCCUCCCAAGAAGCUCGUGUUAGCCUUCUACUGCAUCCCCACCUCUCCCGGCAAGUCGCGGCUCAUUUUCACCUUCCCCUCCAACUUCUUUCCGCCCAUCGUCGCCCUCGUGCCGCGCUUCUUCACGCACCUGCGCCAGCUCGUCAUCCUCGACUCGGACCACUACUUCCUGCACGUGCUGGAGCGGAGACUGGAAGAAGAAAAGCUUCUCCUGGCUGCUGCCGCGGGAACUAGUGCCAAGCCCCACACCAUGAUCACCAGCAGCAGCACCACCACCACCAAUGGCAGCAGCACAAGUAUCAGCACGAACAAGGCGUACUUCACACCGACGAGGUCGGAUGCAUUCGUGACGGCGUUCCGCUUCUGGAUGGAUAACUAUGCCGGGGGAGGGGUCGCCUGGCCCUCCUACGUCAACCCUGCGCUUCCUCCCGCUCUGCCCAAGCAGCAAGUCAUGGACAGGCAAGUGAGCCACAUCAGCAUCUGCAAGACAUGCCAGUCAGCCCAGCGCCUUGCAUCUCGUGUGCGACUUGCCUUGUGGGCCGCGGCUUUUGCCUGCCUUGCUCUCCUCGCCCUGCUCCCCACCCUCGCUGCUCUCCAACGAUUGCCCUUCUCCCUCGGCAUUGCUGUGCCUCUUGCCAUUGGGGCUCUGCUUUUUGCCACAGCUGCCCAUUUUGUGGGUCGCUUUAUCGAGCGUACAUUCUAUUAUAGCGAGUACGUGCAUGCACUUGUGGAGCACUUUUUCAUUCACGUCACGCCCAUCUCUCCACAGCCAACCUCGUGUAGCCCUCGUGCAGCUCUCAACCCUCAUCCUUCAGAAAUGGCUGCCCUUGCCGCUACCAUGGCUGUUGCCCCCGUGGCCUCCCUCAAGGCCUCCACCACCCUGAAGACUAGCGUCGCUAAGACCUUCAAGGUUGCUCCUUCCGCUGCUCGCGUCUCCAUGGCCUCCUACAAGGUCACCUUCGAGACCCCCAGCGGUACCUCCACCAUCGAUGUCGCUGACGACGUGUACAUCCUCGACGCCGCUGAGGAGGCCGGACUCGACCUGCCCUACUCCUGCAGAGCUGGUGCUUGCUCGUCUUGCGCCGGCAAGGUCACCGCCGGCAGCGUUGACCAGUCUGGCCAGUCCUACCUUGAUGACGACCAGAUGGCUAAGGGCUUCGUCCUGACCUGCAUCGCCUACCCCACCUCCGACCUGACCGUCCAGACCCACCAGGAGGACAGCCUCUACUAA